UCUUCUUCUUCUUCUUCCCUUUCUUCUCUGCUCUUCUGCUCUGAAUCGCUGCCUUAACAGUCGAAGGACCCGUGCCUUAACAGUUUUCCCCUGAGUAAACGUCAAACGUCGAUUUGCCGUAAGAAUUUUAAUACUAGUAUAAUUCAUCGUUGCAUGUCCUUUUGGUGUUAAUGUUGUGUUUAUUGUUGUUUUUUUGACAUAUUAAUCAGUCCAUCCCUGCCAUUGGUGUUAGUAUUGUGUUUGUAGCUAUUUGCUCUGUUUUAGGUAUUUUCCGGUACUACUGUUAACUCUUGCUUCUAUCUUUCAAUUUUAGGGUUACAUUGAUUCAAUUCCCUUCCCGUAAUACUACCUAUUUUCCUUCUUGCAGUUUUCAAUUUUUAAAGGAUUUUUACUAAGAUGCCUAUGGUAACACGUGGUGCUGCGAAGCGUCUUCGGAAACUGCCUAAGGAUCCCGAGGUGAAUUACGAUGAGUGGAGCACCCAAGGUUGUGGCGUAGUGGUCAAUAAAGUGGGUGAGAACCAUGAGGUCUCAGGUUCAAAUCCUAGAGAAGGCGAAUAACACUAGUUGGAUGUUCCAUCAAUAGUUGAUGUUCUUAAGUGGUGAUUGUGAUUUGAUGAAGUUGUUGGUGAUCAAACAACUCCAAAAAUUGUUCCAUUACGCUUCGCAAAUUUUAAUUCACAGGUAUGAUCGCUGCACUAGAAGAUGCUCGAGACUCUGGUGAACUUGUUCCUCUACUUAAUGAAAUUCUAGGGAGAGAGGAUUCAUCAGCGCUCAAGUCUGAAGCUGCUAAGGCUGUCAUAGACAGUAUUCCUGAAUUGUUGGAGCUAACUGAUUUGGUGAUUAAGAAUAAGCUGGUGGAAACUCUUCUAAAGCUUUUGCAUUUUCCAGAUGGUAAUGUUUAUCAGCAGGCGGUGGAGAAACUGGGAAAGGUUGCUCAAUCCGUUGUAGGUCGUGAUUAUGCUCUAAUUGAGUGUGGGGCUAUAGAUGAUUUGCUGGAAAUUUUGAACAGCACUAACGAGGUGAAACCAGCAUUCCCAACUCUUCGUAACCUUCUUACUUCAAAUGUUGAUGAAGAGGUGCUGAAAAAUGCAUGCUGGGCACUUUAUUACCUUUCUGCUGGUGUAGAUCUGACCUCCAAUGGAUAUUGUACUAGAUUAACAUUCAUUCCUCAUCCUGUUGUGAGCGAUAGUGAUAUGAUUAAGGCCUUCUUUCAAGCUGAUGUUCUUCCGGUUCUACUUAAUCUCUUCAAAGAUGACGUACGUUCCGUAAUCCGCCCUGCCAUCAAUACAGUUGUAUGUAUUAGUGUGCUGGGAGACCAGCACCAGAAAGAGAUGCUGAUCGAUAGCUGGAGCAUUGCUAAACGUAACGUCCUUGAUUGCCUGUUGGGCUUGCUAAAGAGUGGAAUAGAGGAGGAGAUGGUCUGCAUGUUUAUAGCAUACAUUACUAUUGGGAGCAUGCAUCGGGCAAAGUGUUGUGAAAAGCACUCGCUUCAGCAUUUAAAGCACGAAGCGAGACCUCGGGCGCUUCUGUGAUGUGAAGCGUAGCAAGUUGAAUAAAGCGAGAGCUUCGGCGUGCUUCUGCAAAAAAAUGGGUAUUGCUGCUGCUGCUGCAAUUUUAAUUGCUAUUAUCGGUACCAGUGACAUUGCUUACACCAAAGACUUGGUGGAUUGCUGCAUAGAUCCUCUGUGUGAUUAUCUUGGCUUCUCUGGGGGUACAGCAGCUUGUAUCAUCAGUCUAAAAGCAGUAGAAAGUAUAUUGAAGUUUGGAAAGCGUAUUGAAGAGGAAGAUGGCGGCGGCACUGGUGGUUAUACUAAGCGGAUCGAAGAGGCUGGGGGUUUGGAAAAGCUUGAAUACCUGUCUACUACUGAAAUUGAAUAUGAGGCUGUUCCAAUAUUGGGUACAUAUUGGCCGUCACUAGGAUGUUAUGCUGAGGUGACUUUGACAUACUUUUCAUCUUCAUAUGACUUUACCUUUUCUUGACAUACUUUCCAUCUUCAUAUGACAGCUAUCGCAUAUAAUGCGUAUAACGAAAUAUUGGAGCUCUAACAACGAAAAACGGAAGGACCCAAUGUAUUAGUGAUGUCUUAAGGGAUUAACCUGUUCUUGACAUAUUUUCCAUCUUUAUAUGACAGAGAUGGCGUAAAAUGGAAAGGGAUAACUUUUUGACAAAUUUCUCUAUUAUUAUAUUUAUACAUUUCUACUUCUGCCUUCUUAUU